CCUUGUGAUGCCGUAAUGAAAGAGCCUGUCCCUAAGAAAGAAAGAACUAUUCAGUACAAUGACUACGCUGAUGAGGACCACAAGAGAUAUUUUUACUUCUUGAAAUUAAAGAUAAUGACGCUCAAGGAGGCAGCCAAAGCCGCGAACGUCAAUUAUGAUACCUCGCGCAAAUGGAAACAAGCCUAUGAAAGUGACCCAGAUAAGGAUAUACCCUUGAGGAAA